AUGCCGCCUGAGCAGUCGCAGCCGCACGCGGAGGACGCCCCGAGCAGCUCUGCGCAGCAGGCGCCCGAGGGGCGAUCGCCUCCGCGGCGUGCCUCAGGCGGGGCGGCCGCCACCGCAGGCCUCGAGGCGGCUUUGGCUUCUGUCUCGCCCUCCUCAGGAGUGCGCAAGAAGAAGAAGGGAGCGCACGCCGCCCAUCCGAGCGCGAAGCAGGAGCCCGACGAGGUCCCUCCAAAUCCGUCGGCCUACGCGGCGUCGCUCCGCGCCGAGAAGGGCUCCAGAAGCGACUCUGCGCAGCCCCAGGUGCCGGGGGCGCAGACGCCGAGCGCGUGCGCCUCCUCAGCGGAACGUCGACUGGUCGCCGCCGACCGGCCGCCGAAUCCGCCGACAGCUGCUCCCGCGCCUGAGGCUCUGUUGCGGUCGCAGGGCGGCAGCAGCCGCCAGCCCCUUCAGCCUCUGCCGAGUGCGCAGGCCGCGGAGGGGCUCUCGUCUCGAGUCGCGUGCGGGUCGCCGCCCUUUAGCCACACUGCAGCCACAGAGGCGCCUCCUCCGAAGUUCGCGAGAAUGCCGAGCCGUACGAGCGAAACUGGUGCCGGAGUGCCCCCCGCGCUCGCGCCCAGUCUGCUGCUCGCCGCGUUUCAACCGCCCGCCCAGCAGAACGCCUUCCUCGCCAACCAGGGAAGCACAGAGGCGGAAAUUCACUUUAUCGGCGAGCUCGAGGCCGGCUGUGGCUUUCAGACGUCUGACGGAGUCUUUUGCGAGAUUUCCUUCGAAGCGGGAAACCACUGGCUCAGUCUGUGCAAAGCGGCGGAGCGUAGCCACCAGACGCAGACAGCUUACGGCAGCGUCGGCGACGUGUACCUGUGGAACCACCCCAUCGACCUCCACUACGCAGUUUCGUCUGUCGUCGGCUGGCCUCGGUGUCGCGUCUCCGUCUGGAAGCUCACGAGUCUCGGGAGCAUCGAAAAUCGGCGUCUCUUGGGGCGGCGCGUAGAUCUGACAGAUAUGGGUGUGUUAGACGCGCGCAUCGGCGAGCGGAUGAAGCUGACGACGCGCACCAGCGGCAGCGUGAAGUUCAGCGUCGACGUGAUCAUGCGGAACUUUGAGUUUCACGGUUUCUCCACGAGCUCGGCCUUCCCCGCUGCCUCGCUCGCUACCCCUCCGCCGCCGCCUGCCGCCCUUUCGCUGCCUCCUCUCCCGAGCACGCCCGAGGCGGUCGCCGCGCGUCCGCAGCCGCCGCAGACGCCGCGUUCUCCAUCCCUGGCGUCGCUCGCGCUGUACGAGGAGGCGCAGAGGAGUCUGCGAGGAGAGAAGCUGCACAGCGCGAGAGCUGACAGCGGAGCUUCCUGCUGGCGCUACGCGCCCAGCGAACGCUCAAAUCUCGAGAGCGAGCGCGGCACGGUGGCGACCCGCGAAGCCAAGGCGCUGUUUCGAAGCGCAAGCCGCCCCCACGGCGACCUCGCUGGAGAGAGGAAGCGCCAGUGA